AUGCAGCUCAAGAACCUCGCCAUCGCUGCCUCCGUCAGCGCCGUCGCCUCAGCCGCUCCUUCUACCCAAUCCAAGACCUUCGGCAUCGUCGCCAUUCACUCCGGCAGCGCGGUCCAGUACUCCGCCUUCAACGCCGCCCAGAGCAGCAUCUUUGCCGGUCUCCCUAACCAGGGCGCCAGCUGCGCUCGUCCCAAGGAGCAGCAGGCUACCUUCUACAUCCUCGACGGUGGUCUGUACCUCUACGACCAGUCCGCCACUCCCCAGCAGAUCUACGUCGACCGUUCCGGCAUGGGCCAGGGCAAGAUCGGAUACACCACCGGUGCUCAGCCCGCUCCCAAGAACGCUGAGCGCAAGGGCUGGACCCAGAAGGAUGGUCACCUCCAGUUCGCAGGAAACGAUCUGAUCGCCUGCCCCAACAGCAUUGACGGUGCCUGGAGCAUCUGGGCUUCUGCUGGUGUUUCCAACCCUGCUGGUAACUCCGACUGUGUCGGUAUUGCUGCUCGUGUUGUUGAGACUUCCAAGCCCAAUGGCUGCAGCUACACCCAGUAA